ACUUGGACAGGAAACCCGGCCUCCGGCUUCAGCUCACAGACUGGACUGAGAAAUGUUCCGAUCCACUUACACAAGGGCUUUCGUAGAAUCCCGACCACGUCUGUUUUCUCCUGCAGCUGGCAGACGUCCUCUGAGAGACGCCGCGGUGUGGCUGCUAGAGAGGAACCAAGAGAGGAGCUCAGAGAACGAGCGGUUCUGAAAGAGGAACCCAAAGAGGAACCCGUGACUCCUCAGAAAGACCCUGCUGCAGCGUUCUGGCCCGUCCAGCUCUGCAUCAAAGACGACCCAGACGCAGACCAGCCCGGCACCUGGUCCUGCCCUCACUGUGGGGACUCAGUCCAGAACCUCAGACACUUCGUCUACAGAGACCAGAUCUUCUGCGAGGAGGCGGCCGAUGAGGGAGAGACGCUGGAGAAGUGGCUGAUGGGCCGCGGCGUGUCAAGGACAACCGUCUGGAGGUUAAAGAAGAAACAGGAAGAGAUGCUGACUUCCGUAACGAUCGGCGGUGCUGCUGGAGAUGAACCGGACUCCGGCUCGGACGAAGACCAGCUGGGAGAGGAUGGAGAGACGCUGGAGGACAGAGGGGUGCCGAGGCCCAUCAUCUGGAGGGUCCAGACCUCCUCUGAGGGCCAGCACAGGGUUCUGGUGAAAGAAGAACCCGGACAGGAACCCCUGACUCCUGAGAGCCGAUCCGGUGGUGCCGGUCCUGUUACAGCGUCCUGUCAGAUCCACGUCCCUCCCCGGGUCAAAGACGACCCAGACCAGCCAGAGCCGUCGCAGCCCAGCACCUGGUCCCGUCCAGACCUGGAGGUCCAUCAGCCGCCUGCCACAACAGAGACGCUGAGCAGCCGACAGGAGCCGAGGGCGACCAUGUGGAGGGUCCAGACCUCCUCUGAGAGCCAGCAGAGGGUUCUGGUGAAAGAAGAACCCAGACAGGAACCUCUGACUCCUGAGAACCAGCUCGCGUCCUGCGUCCAGUCCGUUCCACGGGUCAAAGACGAGUCCGACUCGGACCAGACGGAGACGUCCGAGCCCGGCACCUCGCCCCCUCCGUGUCAGGAGGAUUAUCAGACGUCCAGCUCUGGGUCAUCAGGGAGCAGCUGCUCCACCUGCCCUCACUGUGGGGACUCAGUCCAGAACCUCAGACACUUCGUCUACAGAGACCUGGUCUUCUGCGAGGAGGCGGCCGACGAGGGCGAGACGCUGGAGAAGUGGCUGAAGGAGCGCGGCGUGCCGAAGACCACCGUCUGGAGGAUCAAGAAGAAGCAGGAGGUCCUGCUGGUGGGCGGCAGCCUGCCUCGCCGAAAAGACCGAGUGUGUCUUCAGUGUGGAGAGAGGAAGACCAAAGCCAACGGCCACACCAUCCUGCGAGCCGUCAGAGAGACCUUCUGUUCCAGAACCGACCCGCUGGGCCGCACCGUGGAGCAGUGGCUGACGGAGAAGAGAGGAGGUGUCACCACCGAGCAGCUGAAGGAGCUGGACCGGGCCGUACGCAACGCCCGAGCCAAAGAGAAGCGGGCCCGGAUCCUCGGGAGACUUCCCGCCAAGCAGCCCGCCGUGAUGCGGGGAACUUUUCAGACAGACGCGACGGCAAACGGGCCGAGGACGAGACGGAGAGACGGCGGCGCCGCUCAGAGCCGGCUGUUGCUGAGAAAGUCUCAGAAGAAGAGAGAGUUCCCUGAUUAUUAUGUUUACACAUAAUCUGAUCUCUGAACAGUUCUGACAAACAUUCUGAUGCUUUAUUUAUGUGACACAGACCUCUGACCUCUGACCUCUGACCCAGCGUCACACCUUCAGUCUCUACAGGUGUGAUUCGCCUCCAUGAAGACACAAUGAUGUUAACUUUGUUCUGUGACGUUGUUUCUACAUGUUAAAUAUCUUAAUGUUAUAUCUUUAUAUCUUUUUAAAUGUUUCUUCUGUGAAGAAGCAUCUGAUGCAGAAACUUUACAAAUCUUUGCGCCUGAAACAUUUAAUUCUUCGCCACGUGCUGAGAACGUUACAGCUCAGUGUUUUAUUGUUCUACAUCGUGUUGGUUCACAGAUGACUGAUCAGCUGAAAUCAUGAAGUUGUUAAAUCAUGAAGUUCCGACUAAUUAAAUCCAAACAAAUGCAGGAGACAGUGAGAUGACACCAUGUGGAAUAAAUACUGUGUAAAUACAUUUAUAUAAAUCUUUAAGAGCUGUAGAAGGAAAACGUUUAGUUCAGUAACAUCCUGUGAAUUCUUUAAAAAAGACUUUAAGUCUUUUUUUUUAUCAGUGUUAUAAUAAUCCCGCUAAUAAUCCCUCAAUAAUUUAGAAGUGGAGGAAGGAGACGUCAGCUCAGAGCUCAGACCAGGUUAAUCUGCUACCAGAGGAGCGUUCACAGCAACACACACAGUAUUUCUGUGCUGUGAUUCACUCUGACAGAUGUGAUUUAUUCCCUCCUGCACUUAAAGCAAGAAUUCACACAGAGGAGAGAAACAUUCAGUGGUUCCUCGAUACCUUAUAUGGGCAGAAAACGUCAGGAAAUGAGGUUGCAGGUGACGUCAGACACAGUGAACGUGUCUCUACAUGUACGUUUUAUUAUUUUUGGUGCAUUUCUCUGAUUAUAAUCAUCUUUUGUUUAAAAACUGCUUAAAGAUUUCAAUAUUAAAAUGUCCAAAUACCA